AUGAGGGUCGUCAUUUUGGAAUGGACAAUUCUUAUACUUUUAAUUGUUGGUGCUUAUGGGGACAAUGACCAUGCGUUGGUGGCAGAUUAUGAAGGUGACGCACCUUUAAGUGAGACUGUAUGUUAUCUCCGUUGCCUUUCGGAUGCCUUGAAUAAAUUAUAUACUGAUGGCGAGAAGAAGCUACUUGUCAAUGAGGAAGUAUAUGCCAAUGUGUCUCGUAUAUUGGAUAGUAUGGAGGCUAAAACAGGUGAAAGUGUUAAAUAUUUGAGUGUUAUCAGUGGUGCGAUGGUAGGGGAAAGUGAGAAAUUGGAAAAACUUAUAUCUUAUGGAAAUACAAUGGGGGACCUUGUGGCAAAGGUGGGUGGGCUGUUUGCUGAGGUUAAUGAAAGUGUGAGGACCGUAAGGAAAGAAAUACCUGAUGCCCUUAUAAAGGCAAAUAAAUACUAUACAAGUAUUGCUGAGAUUGUUAGGACUGUUUGGGAUGACCUAAAGGCGAUACCAACUAGUAUUGAUCCUAAAUGUGAAAAUGGAGAAUUCGAUGGCGUUAAAGAGUUUGAAGUUAAGUGUGGCGAUAGCUCAUGUCCGUUGAGAAAUGGCGUAAGUGAAGACGCACUGAAGCAUUAUAAAAGAGGCCGUAUUGAAGUAAACGUGUUGAAUGGUUCUGUAAGCAGGUGCUUAAACCUACAAAGGAAGAACUUAUAUAAGAACGGUGCCGAAAAGCAUUCGAGUGAAGUGUUGAAGUGGCCUCAAGAUGACGCCACUUUUUUUCAACUUAAGCUCGAAGUGCAAAGCAUGUUUGGGCCGCUCAUCGUUUCCUUUGCCGCCGGCCGAACAACUUCCGCACUCCUAGAGAUGGUGGAAAAUAUAACUUCCUUGCGCUCUCGCUUCAAAGAAAUCCACAGCGACUUCACUUCGCUGCUGCUCAACCCGAAUAGCACUGAUAAUGUAAAUAGUACUGAUUCUACCAUUUAA